AUGAGGACUCCCUCAACCCCUGGCUAUGCCUCGCAACUUAGCUUCGCAAUAUCCGAACAAAAUCAAUAUCUUGACGGGGAUUUGUUCCCCGCCGAGCUAAUCCCCAGGAUGAUCGAUGACUUCUUCGCUUACGUUUAUCCUAUUGUUCAAAUGGUGCAUCGUCCGACCUUUCUCAAGAACCUCCGGGACAACAGACACGCCCGCGACCCUGAUUUCUUUGCCCUCAUCAUGGCACUUUGUGCAAGCAUAGUUGCUCACCGGCCAGAGAAGCUUACUGAAUACCAAACUUCCCCAACACCACUCAAAAUUCAAACGCCAUUGGGGGUGGUGGACUACUGCCACGCACGAUCGGUUCAGUUUCGAAGUGCACGAUAUUUCGAUGAGGUCAGCCAUACCAAAUGGGCUACUGCCUUUAUGUUCUACACCUCUUUCUCCCAGGCUGGAGACGUUAAUAAAGCCCGAAUGAUGGAAGUGGAAGCAAUCCUCUUUGCGCGACUUCUGGAGCUGCAUCGUAUCUCAGCCUAUGCAGGCUUGAGUUGCAUUGAAGUUCAAUUACGUAAAAAGGCCUUCGGCUUCAUGAUGCAUGCUUAUGUCCACUAUGAACUGCAAAAUAUCAGAAAGGAGAGGAUUUCUUUCAUUGAUUGCAGCACGCUGCACGAGAUCGACCUCGAAGAGCUGUUACCUGCACCGCAGGAUGAUGAAGAUAUCACUGAAAAUAACUAUGGCCCAUAUGAUAUAACACAACCGAGUCUUGCAGCAGCAUUGAGGCUUCGAAUCGAGCUGUUUCUGAUGGCGAUAACGCGAAUUACCUCCAAGAACCGUCGUGGGACCACGGACGUACACUGUCGUUGCACUCGUCUUGUUGACCCUUCCUCCUACAUGAAGCACCUGCGCUCAAGACUGCACGAGUUGAAGUACAAGCUCGAUAGUGCACCGUGGUAUCUGCGUCAAUGGGCACCGAUGAAGCUCGGCGGGAAAGUGAGUCGUGACAAAGAAUUUCAGAUUGGUCUGCUGCGUGCUGACAUUCAUACGACGCAUCUUUGGCUUCAGACUUGUAUCUUGGAUCAUUUGGAAUACCUCACUCCUGCGGUUGGUGCUCCAAAUUCACCCAUUUCCAGGUCUCCGCAAGAGGUUCUUCUUUUUGCUGUCAGUUCCCAGUGGGAGCAAAGGGAAGAAGUCUGCCGCCAGAUGCUCCAAGUCUUGAGUUUAACACCACAUUUGUACCUUGAGAUCCUCGGCAUAUAUCUGAUCCACAAGAUUAGAGACGUAGCCAGCCCUCUUUUAUCGUGCUUGGACAAUAACGGAGAAAGCCCAACAUCUCCUGGUUCCCAUGACCGUGCCAAACAAUACCUCCAGGAGUACAGCGAAAAGCUAAGGCACUUGGAUAGGUCAGGAAAGCCAAACUUCGAGAGCCUACAGACUUGGAUCGACACCGACCGCAUUGGAAAGCAGACGCUGCUAAACUAUUCUUGA